CCCCCCAAUUCAAUAGGAGACGCGGCAUACUCAUCCCCACCAGGACUAUCUGAUUGAAUACAUUGCAAUCUUGACACAAUACUCAGCUCGGUCCCACACAAUGGCCGAGUUAAGUCCUGCGGAAACACGAAAACAACUCCAGCAAUUAGGAGACGAUAGCGGGGACCUGAAAACGCAAUUGAACAUUCUGCGCAUCAGCGAACCGAUCUUCUCUCCUGAUGAUGAAAGUCGACGCUCGUCUCCGUCGAAGCGCAGGUCAGAUGUCUCUACCUAUGAAAACCCGACGCCAGCUUCGUUAGAGGCGGAUUUGACGCAUUAUAAAGAACUGUUCUCGAAGUUGCGCUUUUCAUAUGUCGAGCAAGUCACGAAGGAGAAAUUCUUGCGUGCAAUCGUGGGCGACCCGCCCCUAGUAGUCGGUCACAAUGAAAAUGUUGAGAUGGAGGCGCAGUUGGCGGAAGUGAAAGCCGACCUUCGUGCGCGCAAAGAGGAAGUGCGAUCCAUGGUGGAGGAAAUGGAGAAGACCGGCAAGGAUUUGGCAAACAGGUACAAGAAUGUGCAACUACAAAUGACGCAACUGUCCACUCUGCCGGAAUCGAUCGAAAACCUCGAAUCUACUAUUGCUGAGCUCCGUGCGAAACAAGGAACGGAUGCGAACGGUUCAACAACGCAAAAUCUUCCUCUUCCUGCAACAUUGAGUCUUCUGUCCGAACGGGAGGCGGAGCUUGCGGCUCUUGAUCGACAGCUUGCUGCCGUGCAAAAUGCCCUGCCCCGCAAGACACGAGAGGCCGAGGCGGUGGAGCGCGAGCUAAGUGUUCUAGAACGACGGAAGACAGAGGCGAUCGCGCAGGCCCAGGAAGUCAAGAGAAAGAAGGAAGAGGGCGAGAGCGACGGACUGGUAGAGAUGGGGCGAUGGUACCGUAGCGCGGAAGAAGCGCUCAAGAAACUAGUCGAUUUUGAAGGAUGAGGCCCUUGAGACGGCGAAAUGAUUGAUGAUACUGGAUGUGGGGAUACGGCGUUUUCGGCCCAUACUGGAUUCGGAUUACGUGGGUGUUCAAGAGGGAUAAUUUACUGUACAGAAGCUAGUAUUGUGGGAAU